AUGUUCACUGACCAUAGAGGCUUUGAUCAUUGGUGGUUUGACCAUUGUGGGUUUGAUCAUUGGAGGUUUGACCAUUGUGGCUUUGAUCAUUGUCUCACGUCAUCAACAUUCACAGUCCCACGUCAUCAACAUUCACAGUCCCACGUCAUCAACAUUCACAGUCUCACGUCAUCAACAUUCACAGUCCCACGUCAUCAACAUCCACAGUCUCACGUCAUCAACAUUCACAGUCCCACGUCAUCAACAUUCACAGUCCCACGUCAUCAACAUUCACAGUCUCACGUCAUCAACAUUCACAGUCCCACGUCAUCAACAUUCACAGUAUCACGUCAUCAACAUUCACUGCUCACGUCAUCAACAUCAACAAUCUCACGUCAUCAACAUUCACCAUCUCACGUCAUCAACAUUCACAGUCUCACGUCAUCAACAUUCACUGCUCACGUCAUCAACAUCCACAGUCUCACGUCAUCAACAUUCACAGUCCCACGUCAUCAACAUUCACAGUCCCACGUCAUGAACAUUCACAGUCUCACGUCAUCAACAUUCACAGUCUCACGUCAUCAACAUCCACAGUCUCACGUCAUCAACAUCCACAGUCUCACGUCAUCAACAUCCACAGUCCCACGUCAUCAACAUUCACAGUCCCACGUCAUCAACAUCCACAGUCUCACGUCAUCAACAUUCACAGUCCCACGUCAUCAACAUUCACAGUCUCACGUCAUCAAAAUCCAUAGUCUCACGUCAUCAACAUUCACAGUCCCACGUCAUCAACAUCCACAGUCCCACGUCAUCAACAUCCACAGUCCCACGUCAUCAACAUCCACAGUCUCACGUCAUCAACAUCCACAGUCUCACGUCAUCAACAUCCACAGUCUCACGUCAUCAACUUUCACAGUCCGAGGUCGUAAAUAG